GACGACCCUCUCUCAAGAACAGCAGAAGGCGAGCAGGAGGAGACGCCCUCUGCUUGCUGGUAUAUAAGGCGCGGAUCACCAACCCAAGGCACAGUCGAUCUGCAGACAGUCAGAGAUAAACAUGAACUCUAAGGUCUUCUUCCUCCUGGUGGGCGUGGCCGUGGCCCUCGCUGCCCCUGACCGUCCCGCAACCAGCUACGGCGCCCCCAGGGACUCUGGCUCUUUCGAGCACUUCCGUCCCUCCUCCCGCUCCUUCGAGCACUCUGCCUCCUUCGAACACUUCCGCCCCUCCUCCUCCUCCCGCUCCUUCGAGUCCUACGAGUCCGACGAGUCCACUGAGGCCAAGUACGCCUUCCGGUGGUCCGUGGAGGACGAGUCCACCGGCAACGACUUCGACCACCAGGAGGCCCGUGACGGCGACGACACCCAGGGCGUGUACACCGUGAGGCUUCCCGACAGCCGCCUGCAGACCGUCACUUACAUCGUGGACGGUAACGACGGCUACGUGGCCGACGUCAAGUACGACGGCGUGGCUCGCUUCCCCGACUCCUACUCCCGCGAGUCCUUCGAGUCCGCCUCAGGCUCCUUCGAGAGAUACGCUCCCCCCAGGAGGACCUACUUCGCCCCUGGCUCCAAUGAGUCCAAGUAAACACUGAAGGAAUCUCAACUCCCGCCAUGACCUGGACACGAGCCUCUUCCCGCCUCUCGCACUCCCUCUUUCCUCACCUCAGUCGGUCUGUUCAGACUCUGAGUGUCUUCACUAAAUUAUUGUAUGCAGUAUUAAUUAUUUAUUCCAUUAAAAUAUUCUGAGAA